CUUCAACUCAGCCCAACCCAGCCAGCCCUCGACCUUGACAACCGCCACAACACCUCGCCAUCGGGCUGGUCGAUUAUGACCACCUACACGAAUCAGCACGGCGCGCCGUUGAUGAUGGCCGUGACCACGUGAGGCUGCAUCAUAGCACGCUGAACAUAAAACCAGACACCGUACCGAGACAGCGCACCACGCCUGAUAGCCAGCCGGCGGUGGCCACCCUUCGAAGCCAUGGCGUCUCUUCAGGUGCGAUGGCCGGAAAUGUCCGGCACCAAACAGCGCGCCCUCGAGGACGCCAAGAAGAUGCAAAAGGCCGUCGCGGAAGAGUGCGCCAAGUCCGGAAGGGAACCCCCCCAGUACCAGCUGUCGGAGCUCAUCGGCAAAGGCAGCUUUGGCCGCGUCUACAAGGCCACCUCGCAAACGUCGGGCGAGCUCGUCGCCGUCAAGAUCAUUGACAUUGAGGAGAGCGACACGGCAAAUCCGAAGCUCACCGACACCUACGGCGACUUGCUCAAGGAGAUCAACGCGCUGAAGCUCCUGAGCGACAGCGGCGCCAAGAACGUCAACCAGGUCAUCGAGGCCCUGCCUGUCGGGCACUCCAUGUGGAUGAUCACAGAGUACUGUGCUGGCGGCAGCGUUGCCACUCUAAUGAGGCCCACGGCGCCCGGUGGCCUUCAAGAGAAGUGGAUUAUCCCCAUUCUUCGCGAGGUCGCCGAAGCAAUGUACUGGGUGCACCGGCAGGGCGUCAUCCACCGAGAUCUAAAGUGCGCCAACGUCCUCGUGACAGAGGCCGGUGACGUCCAGCUUUGCGACUUUGGUGUUGCCGGUGUCAUCGAGACCAAGUUCGACAAGAGGUCGACCUUUAUCGGGACGCCUCACUGGAUGGCACCCGAGCUCUUUGACCAGUCCACAUCCUACGGCACCGAGAUUGAUAUCUGGGCUUUCGGAGCCAUGGUUUACGAAAUUGCCUCCGGGCUGCCACCCAACGUCACCGAUUACAUUGACCCAACUCGGCUGGGCAACCACCUGAAGCAGCAGACGCCCCGUCUCGAGGGAGACCAGUACUCGGCUGGGCUCAAGGAUUUGGUCGCCUAUUCCCUGCAGCCCGAUCCCGCGAAGCGACCGACAAUCGAGCAGGUCCAACGUCAUCCGUACAUUUUCAAGACCGAUGAGGCCUAUCCUACCUCCACCCUGCGACACCUAGUUCGAGCCUUUAAGCUGUGGGAGGCCCAAGGAGGAGACCGUCGGUCCCUCUUCGCUCCAGGCGGCGCCCAGGGCCUGUCCGGCGACGUGUCGUCCACCGCAUUGGCCAACGACGAGUGGUCUUUCAGCACAACAGCUGCGUUUGACCAGCAAGUCCUUCACGACGGCGGCGCUCAGGAUGUGUACGAUGUAUAUGGAUCUAACGUCGACUUCAGCCAACCGCCGUUUGAAGAGACUUCACGGCCACCCAAGGGAAAGGGUCGCCGUCGCCCACCGCCACACCUACCGUCGGUAAAGGCUCCUCUUGAGAAGGUGUUUGACCCCAACACCAUCUCCAACUACGAAGACAAUUCGCGCGCCUACUAUGGAAGGCCGUUCAUGGCACCCGUGUCUGACCUUCCACUGCGCGACGAAUCAGCCCCUGCUGCGGACGUGCGAGAAUCAUUGAUUGAUCUCGACGCCUCGCUGCAUGGCAGCGAUCUAUCACAGUUUGUCGACAUGGACACGAUUAAGGCGGGAGAUCCCCGUGCGUCUACCGACUAUGACUUUGGUGACGCUUCUCAUUACGUCAAGGCGCCCCUGAGCGAUCCCGCCGACGUAAACAACAACCGCCGAACACAGGACUGGAAGUUUCCCGCCAUGGCCCCGCCGGCUUCUGCAAACCCAGAAAUGUUUAGAUUCCCGUUUACGGACGAGCCUAGCUCGACGCCUGACACGGGACGCCCCCCGCUCUUGCACCAGCAGACAGAACCGCUACAGAACUCAAUGGUCUUUGGUGACCUUGCCUCUUCGAAGCCCAGCUCGGUGAGCCGUGCCUCUGUCGGCAGCCUGAUUGACCUCGACAUGAGCUUUCCAGACUCUGCAACAGACUAUACGCGUCCCUCUACCUCCCACUCGGAUGUAGGGUCGAUUAGCGGCUCCGAGAUGGGCGGUGCGUUUGAGCUUGAGAAGCAUGCGUCGCUCUAUGUAACGUCCAACACGGUCCGGGAACCGUCCAUUUAUGUUUCGGAUGACUCUGAGUACGCAACAGCCUUUGCAGACGCCCGCAGUGGGCAUACCUCAGAUGGCGAGCGCAGCCAGCAUCAACUGGACACGAACGAGCAGCAGUCCGCCAACGAUACCCGCCCCUAUUCUCUCAGCGAUUUUGCCGACAUGGAUCCCGAGUCCAUGUCUCCUCCGCCCACCGCGGCGCCGAGGAUGGCCAAGUUCCCACCGCCAUUCCAGGAGCAAUCGCAAGAUCUCCAGGAGCGGUCCCCGGAUGAAAGCCAAAGCCAGAGCCGUAGUCACAGUCAAAGCCAGGGCCAGAGCCACGAGCAGGGCCCUGGGCAAUUCCGGGAGACUUCGCCGAGCAAUUACGCCCCCCUGCCACGGCUCCCGUUCGCGCCUACGCCAGCCGUCAUGGAGGGCAGGGCCAGCUCGGAGGAGGUCAAGCACGAGCUGCGGCGCAUGGCUAUGAGCCUGGGCGACCACCUCAGCCACGCAAAUGCGUACCUGUCUGCGCUACCCAUUCGCCCGGGGGGCAGCGCGACGCGGUUGGAGACGGUCGGGGACGGCGAUUGAAAGUAACGGACGGGGCUUAAGUUGUUACGACCAUUGUAUGACGUCGAGACGGAUGUUUAUUGAUUGCAUGUCGUUCUACGGCUCGGAUUGAUGGGAAGGACUCGGGCAGCGGGACAUGCCCCAUGACCAUCACAGGAUGGGUUGGUCUGGGUCACUCUUCAGAGAAGAAGCCUGGAAACUUUUUGUAUCAAGCGUUUGUGUCGUUGCAUUAGAAGGACGCUGGAGGGUUGAUCAUCGUCAUGAUAGCUGCUCAAUGUCAAGAAUAGAUGUAAACCUUUUAUACACGUGUUUACGCCG